AUGAGCAACACCAUGAGUCUCAAGGACUGGGAGAACUGGAUAGAAGAUCACGUUAGCAAAUUUGGAACGCCAAAUCUUGGGAAAGAAGAUACGCUGCUGAAUGGACUGCAUCAAAUGGCUGUACGGCGACCACCUAAAUGGCGGCUCAAGAAGAACUGGACAAUUGACGACUUUGAUCGAACGGUCGCCAAGCGAAAGUCUUAUCUUGAAUCCACUUAUGCCCAAAUGGGGGGGAAGGAGCUUACUGGAGCAGCCAUGUGUGACAGCUGUAGGGGAGAAUUGGGCACAUUCUGUGCCUGCGUUGUGACGCCACAUCUCUGGGAUUUAAUGCCCAUGUGUGCAAACCGUCGUUGGGUUGAUCAGCGUGGCCGGUGUUCUCUCAUUAAAGAAAAGGUGGUAAAUGAUAAACCAAAAAGUCGACCAUUGUCUCUGGGGAACCCGCGAUUGUCUUCCACCCAGCCGCGGCGCCCAACUCCGAUGACCGAAGACUUGUCAUUGAUCUCGGACCCAACGAAUGUGGCAAAGUUGAACAAAGCUUUCGCUGGCCUCGGGACUCCCCAGAAAACUGUCCCCGGUGCUCCUGUCGGGCCAUCACGAGCCAGAAAUACCCAAGACCCGCUUUUAGACCCCUGCCUACUACCAAAAGCCGACUCACUUGUGGGUGCAUCGGUGUACCAUGCGAGUAUUGAGGCAUUAGACCUCAGCAUUGCAAAUGCUAAAUUGCACGAGAAUGUGUUGACACAACACGUCAAGUUUCUAGAGGCCGUGAGAGGGUUGAAGGGUUUUCAUAAGAAGAACAAUCUUGGGAGUUAA